CGCUAACAAAGCAAAAGGCGAUGUCGUGAAAGCCUGAGAAAGGAAAAAGGCCGAACGCCGGGGAAUUAAUCAAGUGGCUGUUUCAGAAAUACACACUGAGAAAAUAACCUAAAAGUGGCGCUUGGAUCGAGUGAUGGCCGAGCAUCAGUGUUCAGAAAUCGAAGCUGAACUGUAUUACCUUAUUGCUAGAUUUCUCCAGUCGGGACCGUGUAAAAGAUCUGCCAAGAUCCUAGUGGAGGAACUGGAGGAGUACGAGCUGAUUCCUAAACGCUGGAGUUGGGACGGCAAACAAAAUAAACGAAAGUUCGAAGAUUGGGUGACCCUCAAUAAACACAUCCCGGCAGAUUAUCUUCUGCGUCUGUGUCAGCGGAUAGGCCCGCUCCUUGACAAGGAGGUCCCCCCCAGUGUCCCGGGGGUCCGCACCCUCCUUGGGCUUGGAAGGCAGUCUCUUCUGCGCAGUGCCAAGGGCUGUGCUCACACAGUAUGGAGCGGCUCUACUUUUGCUGCCUUGCAUCGAGGACGGCCUCCCGAACCGCCAGUCACCUGCGGGAAACCACCCAACAUUGCUGCCAUCGUGGGUGCCCGCCAGUUGACGGGCACGUCGCGCUUUGGCCAUGCCUUCCCUUCCUCCACCUACCAGCACAUGAAGAUGCACCGGCGUAUUCUGGGCCACCUGUCAUCUGUGUAUUGCGUGGCCUUUGACCGUACUGGCCGCCGCGUCUUUACGGGUUCUGACGAUUGCCUGGUGAAAAUCUGGGCAACAGAUGACGGCCGUCUUCUCUCCACACUGCGUGGCCAUGCAGCCGAAAUCUCUGACAUGGCAGUUAACUAUGAGAACACUCUCAUCGCGUCGGCCAGCUGCGACACCGUUAUCCGGGUGUGGUGCCUACGCACGUGUGCGCCCAUCACGGUGCUACAGGGCCACGCUUCUGCCAUCACGUCCAUACAGUUUUCACCUUCGGCAAAAGGGACGACGCGCUACCUGGCUUCCACUGGAGCGGAUGGGAUGGUGUGCUUCUGGCAGUGGAACUCUUUCACCAUGAAGUUCAAUGAGCGUCCGUUCAAGUUUACAGAGCGAUCUCGUCCGGGAGUGCAGAUCUCCUGCUCCUCCUUUAGCUGUGGUGGUAUGUUUUUGGCCACGGGCAGUACGGAUCAUGGCAUCAGGGUGUACUACCUGGGCGCUGCGGAGCCUAUGAACUUUUCCGAGUUGGAUGCACAUAUGGAUAAGGUUGUAGCUGUUCAGUUCUGCAACAAGAGUGACAGCCUCAGGCUUGUGAGUGGCAGUCGCGAUGGCACUGCCCGCGUUUGGCACUACCAGCAGCAGGAGUGGAAAAGUAUCACCUUGGAUAUGGCCACAAGGCUGCCUGGGAGCAGUAUAGGUUCUGGGGAGGAUAAGACGACAAAGCUUGUUGUGACGAUGGUUGCCUGGGACUGUGCGGACAAUACAGUCAUCACUGCUGUUUCCAACUACCUGCUUAAAGUGUGGAGCUCUACCACUGGCCAGUUGCUGCAUGUUCUGUCGGGGCAUGAUGAUGAAGUGUUUGUUCUUGAAACACACCCCUUUGAUUCACGGAUCAUGCUGUCUGCUGGCCAUGAUGGCAACAUCUACGCGUGGGACCUGACAAAGGGCACCAAGAUUCGCAACUUCUUCAACAUGAUUGAAGGCCAGGGUCAUGGUGCUGUCUUUGACUGCAAGUUCUCUGUGGAUGGGCAGCACUUUGUCUGUACCGACUCCCAUGGGCACCUGCUCGUCUUUGGCUUUGGCUGCAGUAAACCCUAUGAAAAGAUCCCAGAUCAGAUGUUCUUCCAUACGGAUUUCCGGCCACUGAUCCGCGAUGCUAACAACUUUGUCCUGGACGAGCAAACCCAGCAAGCUCCCCACCUUAUGCCGCCCCCGUUCCUGGUGGAUGUGGACGGAAACCCCCAUCCGCCACACUAUCAGCGUCUAGUGCCUGGGCGUGAGAACUGCAGAGAGGAGCAGCUAGUGCCACAGCUGGGCUACAUGGCUAAUGGUGACGGUGAGGUGGUGGAGCAGGUGAUUGGCCAGCAGACUGUGGGGGAGGAGCAAGAAGAGAGCCCUCUGGAUGGACUCAUCAGGCAAAUGCAGAACCAGCAAGAUUUGAAUCUAAAUGCAGGACCAGCAAAUGAAGCUCAGCCAGCUGCGGACGUGGAAUCCCCGCCAAACGUGGGAUUGCGGCGAAGUGGACAGGUAGAGGGCGUCCGCCAGAUGCACCACAACGCCCCCCGCAGCCAGAUUGCCACUGAGCGAGACUUAUUGGCAUGGAGUCGAAGGGUAGUGGUUAGCGAGGUGCAGCCAGCAGUCUACAGGGUGAUGGAAGAGCACCGGCAGGCCAGGAGUGAAGCAGAGUGCACACUCUACAGCACUGAAAGGAGAAAGACACCCAUGCUUGUUCAUCGCAGCCCAAGAAAUGAGCAGCAGGGUCCAGGCCUACGCUCCCUGCGUCGGACUCGCAGGCAGCAGCAGCGACACACCUACCAGACCCGUUCUGCUCAGGAGCGACGGCCAGUUCAGAGGAGCCAGAGGACAGACAGCCAGCAGAGCGCUGACAGCCAGGGGGAGCUGGACAGUGAGGAUGAGCUGGAAGAGCAGGUAGAGGUCAGUGAGCCUUCCUCAGAGGGCGAGGCACAGUGGCAAAGUGACAGCAGUUCCAGCGACGACUCCAGCGAGUACUCUGAUUGGACCGCAGACGCUGGGAUUAACCUGCAGCCACCCAAGCGGCCAGUCAGAAGGCCCGCCCGCCACGCGGGCAGCAGCAGCUCAGAAGAUGAGAGAGAAGGAGAUGGAGAGGACAGAAGGAGGCAGACAGAAAAAAGGAAGAAAUCCAAACAGAGCAAGCAGAAGAAAACAAACUCAUCGCUGUCGUUGGCUGGGCAUGACGCCGAGGAGUGGCUUCCAACGGCCUGGAUCAUGGAGACCAUCCCUAGACGCUCCCCUUUUGUCCCCCAAAUGGGAGAUGAGCUGAUCUACUUCCGGCAGGGCCACCAAGCCUAUGUUCGCGCGGUACGUAAGGGCCGCUCCUACAGCAUCAACAUCCAGAAGCAACCCUGGAAUAAGCUGGACCUCAGGGACCAGGAAUCUGUAAAGGUUGUGGGAAUCAAGUAUGAGGUCGGCCCCCCCACACUCUGCUGCCUCAAAUUGGCCUUCCUGGACCCCAUCUCAGGCAAGAUGACUGGCGAGUCCUUCUCCCUCAAGUACCAUGACAUGCCUGAUGUCAUUGAUUUCUUGGUGCUGCAGCAAUUCUACGGUGAAGCCAAGGAGCGCAACUGGCAGUCAGGUGUCCGUUUCCGCAGCAUCAUCGAUGAUGCCUGGUGGUUUGGCACCGUGGAGAGCCAGCAGCCCUUCCAGCUUGAAUACCCAGACAGCCUGUUCCAGUGCUAUGCAGUGCGGUGGGACAAUGGUGAGAGGGAAAAGAUGAGUCCCUGGGACAUGGAGCCCAUUCCAGAUGAAGCUGCAUUCCCUGAAGAGGUGGGCGACGGGGUGCCCGUCACCGAGGAGGAGCUUAAAGCCCUGCUGUACGGACCCCAGGAGGGGGAGUGGGGCGCUGACACGCAGGACGAGGAGUGCGAGAGGGUGAUCCAGGCCAUCGAUCAGCUGCUCACCCUGGAUAUUGCUAAAGCCUUCUCCUCGCCGGUGGACCUGAGGGAUUACCCACUGUACUGCACUGUGGUGGCCUACCCCACUGACUUAAGCACUAUUCGGAAACGGCUGGAGAACCGUUUCUACAGGCGGAUCUCGGCACUUAUGUGGGAGGUUCGCUAUAUUGAGCACAAUGCACGCACUUUCAAUGAACCCCAGAGCCCCAUUGUCUCAGCAGCCAAGGUGGUGACGGAUGUGUUACUGCGCUUCAUUGGAGAUCAGAGCUGUACCGACAUCCUGGAACUAUAUCACAAGAUGAAAACUGAGGCUAGCAGUGGUGCAGAAGAGGAGGAUGCAGAGUUAGAAGUGGAUUCAGACACUCCGGGAACCUCAGCUGGACAGAGGACCAGUAGAUCUGUUGUAAAGGAUCAGACCCAACCUCCAUCCAAGAAACGAGGGGUGGAGCUGGAUGUGCAUGCGUGGCACGGGCAGUGUCGUGAUCUGCUUCGUCAGAUGCUGGAGAGUCCUGAAUCUGAGCCAUUCCGUCAGCCCGUCGACCUCUUCGCUUACCCGGAUUACCGAGACAUCAUUGACACGCCAAUGGACCUGGGCACUGUGACAGAGACAUUGGCUGUUGGGAAUUAUGAGAACCCAAUGGAGUUUUGCAAAGACGUCCGGCUCAUCUUCAGCAACUCAAAGGCCUACACACCCAACAAAAAGUCACGGAUAUACAGCAUGACUCUGAGACUGUCGGUAUUCUUUGAGGCCCAGAUCAUCCCCAUUAUCUCUGACUACAAGUCAGCCGUGCAGAGCCAGAGGCGGAGCCGGCAGAGGUUAAAUUAUCGCAAACGUCUGCGCAGCAGCAGCAGUUCUCCUCCUGCCAGUAGACCUUCCAGUCCAAAAGGGAAGCAAAAGCCAGGAAAGACAAAUUCAAAAUCUUCUGCGAAAUCUUCCGUUUCUCUGGUAAAGAGUGCUUCCAGAAAAUCAUCUCAAGACUUAGAUGCAAGUUCGGUAUCUGCGGUAGAUGAAAAUGAUGAGGACGACCAGCCAUCAUCUAGCUCGAGGAUGGAGAGUCAACAAAGUGGUCCCGUAGUCGACAGGGUGACACGGAGCAAAGCCACACCUGUCAAAACCUCAGAACCAUCAAGUAACGGACCUCUGACUAAUGGUGCUGGGCGAACCCUGAGCUCUGCCACACGGAAGCGGCUUGGCCUUCGAUCAGAGGAAGAAGCAGGGGGAACAUCCAGCAGUUCCACAUCGUCGUCGUCUUCCUCUUCGUCCUCAUCUUCUUCAUCAUCCUCGUCAUCCUCUUCCUCCUCUUCUGACAGCGGAAGCAGUUCUGAGUCUGACGUUGCCGAUUUUGUCGAUGGGGGAGACCAUGACUAUAGCAAAGCUCCACGGCUACGGCCUAGGGGCAAGGCGGCAACCAACGGCACCAAGAAGAGGGCAGCGGAUGAAAUUGCCAGGGUAAUGACAAAACGAGCAAGGCUGGAAAAGGAAAAGGAAGCGGAGCCGCAGGAAGAAGAGGACGACUCGGCUGAGGAAGAGCCAGAUGAGGAGGAAGAACCAGAAGAAGAGGAGGAACCAGAGGAAGAAAAUUAUCUAGACCAGAAUGUAGUGCAAAGAAAGCCGCAAGGUAGCCAGCAGACAGGCCAGAGGAAGUCUGCUCGGGUCAACACGCGAAAUCAGGGCCGCCGGACAGUCCUAUAUAAUGACGACUCUGAGGAUGACAACCUGGCAACCAACGAAGACCCACUGAACUUAGGCAUGUCUCGCUCGGGCAGGGUCCGUCGCAUGACCGAGAAGGCCCGAGUCAGCCAUUUGAUGGGCUGGAACCACUAACUAUCCAACGACUCCUUUGUUUUAUCCGGCCAUGUUCCCACCUGUUUGUUGUUUGUUGUAAAGACACUUUACCUUAAAAAUGACUACAUUUUAUACUUCAGGGAUUUUUUUUUCCAAAUUCUUUGUGUGUUUGUGUGCGUGCGCGUGUGUGUAUGCAGGAGACUGUUUACGACUUCCAACUGGCAGUGGUGCUCUCAGAUUCUUGCCAAUGAAGCGCUCUGGCUCCUCAGAAUUCCUUAUCACAGUACAAACCCUAAGUCUCCCAAAAAUCCGCCUUACUGCACUCCUGGGCCUUAACAUAAUGACUUCCUCAUUCUCCCCUCAGUGCAACUCCCCAGCUUCAUCAAGCUAGGGUCAGGGAUACCAAAAAGCAAUGGUGGCUCCAACCCCUGCUCCCCGGUUUGCGGCACAACAGUUGUAGUCGGUUUUCUUCUUGCUGGAACAUGUAGCCUCUCUCCCACUCUCUUUGCCGGUCUUGUACUUCCCCUGCUUGUCUGUCAUAUUUAUGAAUUUGUUGCUGUCACCAAUGCUAAAUUUUCUAUGGUCACUGUUACAGUAUCUGCUUGCUGUUCUUGGAGAAUGCAAGUGUCAUUUUCCUUUUCCCCCUGUUCUCCCGGUUUUGGUGCUUUUUCCAGGUUUACCUCAAGCAAUUUACUGAUAUUUAAGUUUGCAAAUGAGAGUAAAAAGGUUUAUCUUUUUUUUCUCUCUUUUGUACAUCUAAACAAAAAGCAUUUUUCCUCAUAAUUCUGUGCCACAUUUAUUUACAUUAAUUUGCCGUCAUGUAUACACUUGACAAGUCUCCAGGCAAGCAUGGAAAUGUUUGCAUACGAAUAUUAGCUCCAAGUCAGAAUUUUUAUAUAUAUAUAUAUAUAUAUAUAUAUAUAU